AUGGAUUCCAUCCCAUGUCCCAGCCCCUCCGCAUUUGAUGGAUUUCAUGAUGGAGCAUGGGGAUUCUACGAAGUCUAUCGGAAUUUCUUCCAACAGAUCGUGGAUCUUGAGAAGCGGAAGACCAGUGAAAACAUGAACCAACGGAGCUAUCCUUCGUUUGGGAACUCAACCUCACCCUAUGGUCAUGUGCAAAAGUUUUACUCCUUUUGGAAUGCUUUUACAACCGAAAGGGAAAAGGCCAAAUGGAACACCAAGAAUGCUGAAAACAGAUGGAUGAGACGGAGGAUGGAUGAAGAGAACAGGACUUGGCUGAGAGAAUUGGCAAUCCAGCAAGAUCCGCGAGUUUUCAUCCAUGAGCUCUCAAAAGCCAAGGCGAAACCUCAAAAGGUCCAGAAACAGAAAGUGAAACCUGAGGAGAAGCCAGAAAGGACGAAUGAAACCGCACGUGUAGAUUACUUCGACGCGGAUUAUCAGGCUAUUCUGGACAGUAUGUUGAACAACUUUCUAAUGGAGGAAAAAGAAAGAAAAGCCAUGAAAAAAUCGAAGAAGAAGCAGCAGGAAAAAGUGGUUCAGGGAGAGAAAACCAAAGGAAAACCUGCGAAGAGAAAACCCGCCAUCCAAACAGCUGAGGACUCAUCUGCGAAGGAGGACAAGGGUGCGGCAUACUCAUGCAAUGUCUGCAAGCUCUCUUUCAAAUCAAGGAACAAACUGUCGUGCGCUAUUGCUCAUUCGCAAGAAGCUGAAAAUCGAGCAGAUUCUGCCAUCUGA